GGGCGGGGAUUAAAGCGGCUCCGCAGGGCUAGUCCGGGAUGGAGUCCGGUGGCGAGCCAAGCCCAACUGGGACCCAGCAGGCGGCGGAGGAGCUGCAGCGCGGCUCCGCAGAGGUGCCGGCGGCAGAAGCGCAGCAGCAGCCGCCGCCGCCGCCACCGCCCGAGAACCCAGCUGCCGCGGCGACCCCGCCCGACGCUACCAUGAGCGGCCCCGCGGAGGAGGGCCUUCUUCUGGCAGCAGCAUAUGUCUACGAUGCCCAAUAUAAUAGGAACAUCCCGUUUGAAACCUCGCCACAGGCAGUUAGGCUGUAUUAUCUCUAUAACCACUGGACGAUGCAAGCCGCCACCUACUUCUUUAUUUUUAUCGAUCUUGCUCUUGCCUUGUUCGAAGAGCCUGCUGUGUACCCACUCCCUUUCUUGGUUACCUCACUGGCUGAGGUCUUCUGCCUUUUGGUGUUCUUCGGAAGACUCGUCCACUUUGCAAAAGUGACACCUCGCGAUGUGUUCUGGAAGGAUACCAAGAACAUCUGCAUCAUGAUAACGAUACUGCUGACUUUGGUUGACUUGAUUAUCUACGGAGCUCUUAGAAUAUCGAGUAUCCGCAGUGUCAGGUGGUCGAGACCCAUGCGGCCCAUCUUCUUAAUAAACUUUGCAGAAAGUCGUCAGAUCCGACGAGCAUUCCGUAGCAUACGGAACACUUUGCCUGAGAUCACCUAUGUAUUCCUACUGUUCAUGUUCAGUGUCUUGAUGUUUUCCCUCAUGGCCUUGAAGCUGUUUGGGAACAGGAAUCUAAAGACUGUGGAAGGUUUGCCAUAUUUCACAAAUUACCUUGAAAUCGUAUUUGGUAUGUACGUGUUGGUAACCACGGCAAAUAGCCCCGAUGUCAUGAUGCCAGCUUAUGACUUCAGUUGGUGGUACUGCCUGUUCUUCAUAACCUAUGUCAUAAUCAACACCUACAUCUUCAUGUCUGUCUUCUUGGCUGUUGUGUACAACAAUUACCGAAAACACUUAAAGAACGAGAUCCGCAAACUUGCUUACAUGAAGCGGCGCAAGAUGAUAGAAGCCUUCAACCUCCUGAAAGUCAAAGAAGAAGCAGAAUUUGUUGUCAAAGACGACCAGUGGAAGCAUCUCGUAAAAAUGGUGGCACCCAAUAUCAGCACAUCCCAUCGAGAGCUCCUGCUAAGGAUAUCUGACGAAGAGCAGAGAGGUUAUGUGGACAAGAAGUCUUUUGUCCGCCUGCCUGACCUCCUGAAUAUACAGGUGAUUACUAUGAAGCUCCGCCGCCAUCCCCUGGAGAGCUGGCUCCCGCAGUUGUACAACUCUGCUCCCAGCUUGUUCCUCCGUAGUGCGGUUCAGCACAAGGGAUUUGUUUGGGUAUACGAUAUGAUCAUACUAAUCAAUGCCGUCUUCAUUGCGCUGGAUGAGAAAAAUCCAUUUAUUUCCUAUGCAGAAUGGGUGUUUCUCUGUCUGUAUAUAGUUGAGAUCCUCCUGAAAGUGUACACCUAUGAACCCAGGACCUUUUUUGCAAAGAACCAGUUCUGGAAUUGGUUUGAUACUUCUAUCAUUAUUGCUGCUUUAAUAGCAACGAUAAUCAACACUACACUUAAAUCAGUAACUGUGUAUAACAGCCAGCAAGUACUGGACAUUGUGUUUAUCCUGAGAGUCCUUAGGCUGAUAAGAAUUAUUGACAGUAUACAAAGGUUCCGUGUCAUCAUGAAUACACUAAUAAACAUCAUGCCUACAAUGCUAACAUUCGGCGGGUUGGCUUUGGUGGUAUACUACAUAUUUUCCAUAGUGGGGAUGGAAAUCUUUCAAGGGAAGGUCCAGUUCUUUACUGAAAACAGCACCACGCAACAUGCCUCAUACUGUGGAAACCCUGCCCUGAAAGAGUCUCUGUUUGCCCGGGCCAAAUAUUGCAAGAACAACUUUAAUAAUCUUGCAUCGUCUUUCAUCGUCUUAAUGGAAUUGACUGUUGUCAACCAGUGGCAUGUCCUUGCUGAUGGAUUUGCCCUUGUGACUCACCAGGCUGCAAAGCUGUAUUUCAUCAUCUUUCACAUCAUCGUGGUGAUCAUGAUUAUUAACAUCUUUGUAGCUUUCAUUCUCGAAGCAUUCUUUGUGGAGUACUCUCUUGAAAAGAGUGAAGUGGAAACUGCCAUCGAGAAGAAAAUCCAAGACCUUGGUGUAGGGAUCCAGGAGGAUGAACUACUCGAUAGUAAAUUGAUAGACAACAUGGAAACCAGUGAGAACGACCUUGGAGGUGAAGAUGGAACAGCAACAAUGGACAAACCUAAAGGCCUGAUGUUCAAAAUUGCUUCUAAAAGAUACAGAACAGUUGAUGCCUUGCUUCAGCGUAUGUUUGAGGCAGAGAUACCUCCAGAAGAAGAGGGCCCUUCACUGGAUGAAAUAUUAAACCUCUCCCCAGACGACACAUACCCCAAGAACCCUACCUUUGACAGUGCUGCAUAAUAUGAACUGGAAAUGACUGGAAAUGGCUUGGAGGAAGAGUCUCCUUUUCAGACUCCUCUGAAGCUCACAAGUUACUACCUUCAGAGCAGCCACAGAGUCGGCUGCUACGUGCAAGAAAGAGAUCCCUGUACUCCACUCGCCAGUCAUCUCCUCCCUACUUCCCUCAUGAAUUGCUUCCCAUGGAGAGACCCCCUCCCCUUUUUAAAAAGUGUAUAAUCAUGAAGAUUGCAGUAUUUUUAUAAAGGGAACAAGCACAUUGAAUGUGCCUGAAAUACUUUCUCCUUGUAACUUAAGCAUGCUACCUAAAUGCAGUAUUAACUUGUGUAAGUGUCUCUAUUUAACUCUGUAACCAAAUUGUCUACCAUAGUGAAGCUUUUCUUGGAAGCAUUAUGGACCAAGAUGGGAAGACAAUAAAACGGCAUGUGAAGUC